CUGCCGCCGUCUAGGUUACGCUCUUGGACAUUCGAGGCAUCUCUUACGCAAUGUUUGUGGAUAGCUGAGGAAUAAAACCUUUGCACUUUCAUUGACUUUGGGUUCGUCGUUCUAAAUGUGUUAAUCAUAUGGAGGCGCGCGACAUAGAGUGUGAACACGUUUAUUGAAAUACAUACCUAAUUAGGAGACAAAGGGUUUAUUCUCUGAACAUUUUUCGCUUUUUGGGCCACACUGUUGGAACGAGUCGUAAAGUCGAACAUAGUUCAGCAAUGAAUAUGUUCUUCAAACAUACUUCAAUAUUUACAUACAUACAUAUAUACGGAUACACAUUCAGAGGCGGUCGAUAUUAUGAGUUGACAAUAAUUUGCAUUUGUUAACAGAAUGUUAGCAUCAUUUGAACAGUUUGCAUAUUUCACUAGAGAUUAGUGAUGGAUAUUUCUCAAUGGACAUGCCAUAACGGUUCUAUUCUACUGAAUCUAGAUUAAUGAAAGUGAUUUAAACAAAGUAUUCAUAAAAUAUAUCGAACCCCCAGAUGGUAUAUAAGUGAUGGAUUAAUCAGGGAAAGGCGCCAGAUGCGCUUUAGCCAUGAAGCUGUUCACAACGGUAUUCUGCCUUAGCUUGGCUUUCAGCCUGGCGAGUGUAAAGAAAGCGGACCAUGAGACCGGAAGACUAAUCACAAUCCAAUCUCCGGCACCGGCACCAGCACCAGCACCGGCUCCGCCGAGUGUUAUUUAUAAGUUCCCACCGCAGCAUUACUACCCGCCGCCGCCGCCACCGCCACCGCCACAUCCACCACAUCACUGCCACUGUCCGCCUGGCCCCCCCGGUCCUCCGGGCGCCCCAGGAUCGCCUGGCCCUGCCGGCCUGCCAGGUGUACAAGGCCCUCAAGGCGAAAAAGGUGAUCGAGGUGAAAAAGGACAGAAAGGCCACUAUGGCAUGCCCGGCCCGUCAGGCCCGCCAGGCCCGUCCGGCCCGCCAGGUGUUCCAGGUGCCGCCGGUCGACCCGGCAGGCCAUCAUCAAAUCCACCGGCAGCCCCUAGUCCGCCGCCGCCGCCACCGCCGCCGCCGCCGCCGCCACCACAUCACCACCCUCCUUAUCCCCAACCACCAAUAAUAAUUCCAAUUCCUGUGCCACCGCCUCACAAGGGAAAACACAAGGGAUCUAAAGGCCCUCCCGGACCACCGGGACCACCAGGAUCGGGACCGCCUGGUCCUCCUGGACCACCUGGAGGCUCUAAACAUCCUCAUCCGCCUCCACAUUAUCCUUACCCUCCAAGGCUGCCAUACCCUGUGCCUGUCCCUGUGCCUGUGCCUGUGCCUGUACCCUGGCCACCAAAGGGCCACAAAGGUCACAAUGGCCACAAAGGUCACAAGGGCCACAAAGGUGGAAAGGGCCACAACGAUAUUUGGCCAAAUUAUCCACCAUCCCAUUGGCCACAUUAUCCACGUCCUGGAGGGCAACACCCUUACCCACCGCACGGUUAUCCACACGGUCCGUCACAUGGAGGUGGACACAAUGGACAUCCACAAGGUCCGUCACAUGGAGGGCACAAUGGGGAUCAUUACCACCAUCCCAACCACGGAGAUGGCGAACAUAAUCAUAACCAUCCACAAUCACCAUCGCACCCGCACCCGAUGCCCGAUCCAAGCAAUCCGCACCAUGGGGAACAAGAUAACGAUGGUGAUCAUCAUCAUCAUCAGAGCAAUCCUGACGGUCCCGAUCACAGAGACAACGAAAGUGAAGAGCAAUACCCGCGAGAUGGCCUGGAUGAAGCUGCUGAAGUAGAGGUAGAGGAAUACGUCGUCGAGAAUCUAAUUGACGAAGGUAUACAGGAGUCGGCUGAGAAAGAAGAAUCUGUGAACAUCGAACCGACUGAAUAUGAACAGUAUACCGAGGAUACCGAGGAUACUGGCUAUAUCAGCCAUGAGAACAACACACUGGACCUAAACGAUGAAACUGCCUCAGUCGAAGAAAUGAAUGAGGAAUUACCUCAACUGGUAUACGAAAGUACACCAAACAAUAUUGACAUGGAGGAAGAUGAAGAGGUGACUGUGGAACCUUUGAUAGAGGUCGAAGACUUGAAUGAAGAAAGCCAGUCCACAGAGUCUGAUCCUGUGGAAGAACGAAGCAGCAAACGACCAAUUAUCUUAGCUAUAGGAAGUCCACGAAACCCAUUCCACCUGUACGCAUAUGAACACUACAACUCAUGAGCAUGACGUACACA